AUGCGGCACACACUGUCAGACAUCCAUGUGACCAAAGCUGCUCCCUGCACAUGUGCACCGGCUUGUCUAGACACCACCACAGAGCAUGGAAAAGAGGACACCAAGGUACAGCGUGGACUCACCCCGUUUCUGGAGCCAUCCCUCUCUUACGAUGGUGACAUCGCUCAUGGUUCCUUCACGCCGAGUGUGAUGCCGCUACACGCCUGCUCCACAGAGAGAGAGGGGGAGGAGGGGGGCGGCUCUCCCAGCCUCCGUGUCACUCUCCCUCCCUUCUUCCUUUCCCUCUUGUUCGGUGGCUCACGCAGUCUCUCCCUCCGCGCGUGCACACCAACAGACUCGGUGUGUGCGUUCGAUGCGUGUCUGCUGCUUCCUGUUGUGGCUUAUCUCGUUGCCUCCCUCUUUCUUGGUCUCCCCCUCCCCUGCCACCUCCUCCUCUGUCCCUCUCCAGACCUUCCUCCUCAGUAG